AUGAGACACCUCACCCAAUGGCAUCCCCAACACAAAGUCCCCAUUGUGGACGGCAGAUUUCAGGACCCAAACACUGGCGAGAUCCAACAAAACACCCGUACAGAUACCUAUCUCGGUCCUCCUUCGGUACAUGUGAUGUGGUUCAACGUCCACGACAGCUCUUCAUUCAGGAGUAUCGGAGCCACACUCAAUGCGUCGAUUAACGAAGUCUUUAUUGCGCUUGCGGACCAUGUGAAAAACGAAGUUUAUAGCAUUAUCAGCCUCAAUGCAAGCUUGUACUCGGUGACUGUCGUCUGCUCGACUGGCAAGUCGCAGGUUGAGGUUGGAGGCGUGAUACAGGAUAUGCAACGUCAUCUGAGUAGGAAUGUUGUAAUUCCAGAGGAGGAACUGGCUGGUUUGAGGGCUUGGAAGGAGUCGAUGGGUGAUAAUGAUGUGGCUGCUGAGGAUGAAAGAGGGCCAGCUUCUGAGUCAUCUUGA